CGUAACAAAUAAAGAAGAAGAAAGCCCAAGUAGCCUUGGAUAAGGUUGCUCUUCUCUUCUUCACCACCUUCACUUCACAGAGAGAUGGCUGCUGCUGCAAUGGCGCACAACGUGUCCUGUUGGGGGCUGCCGGCGAAGCUCAAGACUCUUUCUCUCUCAGACACUCGUUUCACGCCACUCAGCUUUUCCUCCAAUGCUUCCACCGUGAAUCUUUUCUCUAGAGUCUCGGUGCGCCCACUGCAGAUGAGCCCUAAUCGGCUUUCGAUUGUGUGCGAAGCGGGGACUAAGACGAAGGCGGACUCGGCUGCGAAGAGGGCUCGCCAAGCUGAGAAGAGACGGAUUUAUAACAAAGCCCGGAAAUCUGAAAUCAGGACCCGGAUGAAGAAGGUUCUGGAAGCGCUGGAAGUUCUUGGAAAGAAGGCAGAUGCUCAACCGGAAGAAGUUCUUCCCAUUGAAAAGCUAAUUGCGGAAGCAUAUUCAGUCAUUGAUAAAGCUGUCAAGGUAGGAACACUCCACCGAAAUACUGGGGCACGGAGAAAGUCCCGGCUAGCUAGAAGAAAGAAGGCAGUGGAGAUUUACCAUGGCUGGUAUGCACCUGCGGCUGCUCCAGCAGAGUCGGCAUAACGCCCGUUUCUUGUUUAUUUGUUUUGGUGUAUAUUUCCAGUGCAAACGCAAUCUAGUAAUUUUGUCUCUAUUUUUCAUUACUGGUAGCCUAUGUUGCUAACUCAAAUUACCAAAUUCUCAAUCAAGAGAAAAGAGGGAGUUUUGUUAUUGAGUCAUACUUUCGACUUCCUGCAUAGGUUGAUGGGAUUUAGACUAUUGGAUUUCAAUACAAAGGUUGUUUGCAACUUCAUUUAA